AUGGAAACAGAAGGAAUGAACAGUGAAAUGUUUUCUCAGAGCAUAGAUAAAGUUAUGGCAGCAGGAAAGAAGUCAGAAAUGACUGAUGUGGAGCCUGUGGUCACAGAUUUUGCAGCAUCGGGAAGGGCAGGCCGCCGAAAUGCCUUACCAGAUAUUCUGGGCUCUCCUGCUGGGGCUGGGGCUGGGGCAGGGACUUCAGACCUGCCACACAAACUAGCUGAACUUUCUGUGUCACAAGAUGAAGAAGCAGAGGGUGGAGAAAUAUCCGAAACCAUGUUGGAAAAUCCAGAGAUAGAAGGAAAAAGCAGUGCCUCCUAAUCUCUAGAGACUGCUGGAUUUACAAUGUCCAUCAACAGACUUUACAAAUGUUCUGUUUUUCACAGAUUCCAAGUCCUAGUAGAAACUGUAGUGGUCUGGGCAGGACUAUGCAACACAAUUGUAUCUGGAUGACAUUAAUUUGCAGCUACUAAUUAGGGUUUUCCUGCUGUUUUCUACUGUAGUCCAUCAAAAAGCAAGUAAUCUACAAAUCUCAAUUGGGAAAAAACUAAAGAAUAUAUGUGAUUUUUUUUUUAAAUUCUUGUCAGUUGCACCAUAUUGAUACUAAGCCAACCAAACCCUUUUUGAUAAUUUCAAUGAUUAUGGGUUUCAGAGUAACAGCCGUGUUAGUCUGUAUUCGCAAAAAGAAAAGGAGUACUUGUAGCACCUUAGAGACUAACCAAUUUAUUUG